UAAGCGAGAACCCAGGCGCUUCCUCGUAGUGCCGCUGGGACCGUUGGCGAGUAAGGCGGUUUGGUUGGUUUUGUAUUGAUUGUUCUCUGGGCGCUGCGAGCUGAAAGAGCCCAGCUCGCAGGCCAGUCAUCAUGUCGCGCUACGGGCGGUACGGAGGAGAAACCAAGGUGUAUGUUGGUAACCUGGGAACUGGUGCUGGCAAAGGAGAGUUAGAAAGGGCUUUCAGUUAUUACGGGCCUUUGAGAACUGUGUGGAUUGCCAGAAAUCCUCCAGGAUUUGCCUUUGUGGAAUUUGAAGACCCUAGAGAUGCAGAAGAUGCAGUUCGAGGCCUGGAUGGAAAGGUUAUUUGUGGUUCCCGAGUGAGAGUUGAACUAUCAACAGGCAUGCCUCGGAGAUCUCGAUUUGAUAGACCACCUGCCCGACGUCCCUUUGAUCCCAAUGAUAGAUGCUAUGAGUGUGGCGAAAAGGGACAUUAUGCUUAUGAUUGUCAUCGCUAUAGCCGCCGAAGAAGAAGCAGGUCACGGUCUAGAUCACAUUCGAGAUCCAGAGGUAGACGAUACUCUCGCUCACGCAGCAGGAGCAGGGGAAGGAGGUCAAGAUCAGCAUCUCCUCGGCGAUCAAGAUCUGUGUCUCUUCGUAGAUCAAGAUCAGCUUCACUCAGACGAUCUAGGUCUGGUUCUAUAAAAGGAUCGAGGUAUUUCCAAUCCCGGUCCAGAUCGAGAUCAAGAUCCAGGUCUCUUUCACGGCCUAGAAGCAGCCGAUCAAAGUCCAGAUCUCCAUCUCCAAAAAGAAGUCGUUCCCCAUCAGGAAGUCCGAGAAGAAGUGCAAGUCCUGAAAGAGUGGACUGAAGUGCUCAAGUUCACCUUUUAGGGAAAAGUUAUUUUGUUUACAUUAUUAUAAGGGAUUCGUGAUGUCUGUAAAGUGUAACUUAGGGAGGGUAUUUCAACCAUCUAAUCAAAAUGGAUCUGGACUAUUACUCUGUAAAUUUACAGCAGUAAGAUAAUACAAAUUUUUGUUGAAUGUAUUAACAUCCUAUGGUCUGAAAAUGUGGAUUUUUAUUUGGCACAUUUAAAAUAAAAUGUUUCUAAUUAGA